AUGAUAUUCUUAUGGCUAAUGCUGCCUAAACGAUACCUUGAUGGCCACUUGAGAACUUUGGAUCAAUCGCCAUUCCGAGAAGAUUCAGUUGUCGGAAUGGCGAUUGAUCCAAACAUCACGUAUGAGAAAGUCAAGGCCCUCAGCACUCUUCAGAUUUUGACCAUCAGAGACUGGAUUAAGCGCCAUAAAGACCGUGCAAGGAUUGUACCUACUAAGGGCGUGCGUGCAACGAACAAAACCAUCAUUGAAGACAAAUCAGACAUGCCACGCAGACGAAUCUACGAGCUACCAAGAUUCCCGAUGGCAGUGGACGACUCGUCGGGGCUAGAGUUGCCCGACGACAAGCUUCCAUUGCUCGUUGUUGGGGAUGGCUCGGAUACGCCAGGCACAGCCCUCCUCGGGACAAACGGCGGUUGCCCCGUCUUUGUCCCUCCUCUGGAGCCGCCAGGAGAACUUCUCCUUGACGGCCCAGUCGCCCAGGGCACGGGACCAAGCGUCCAAGUCGAGGAACUUGCUACCGUCAACAGGGGCAGCGAGUUCGGCUAG